GGAUUUAACUCAGCCAGUUCAUCUAGUUCUCAUAGGAAAUUUACUGUAAAGAUUCGAUCAUUACAGCCUUAUUCAGAGGAAUCUUAGAGGGGUUGGCAUGGAAGGUUUUACAUCAAUCAUGCACCUCCCAGAUGAUUGCCUUGCCUUUAUUUUUCAUUGUUUAAAUAGUAGCAUCGAUCGUCAAUCAUUUGGCCUGACUUGCCGGCGGUGGCUCCAGAUUCAAAAUUUGAACCGUCGAUCCUUGCAGUUUCAAUGUUCAUUCACCAUAUUUGGUCCUCCCUCAUUAUCUAUGAAGCCUUUUUGUGUUGAAGCAUUCCAUCUCCAUCGGUUGCUAAGCCGCUUUCAACAUUUAGAAUCAUUAUAUUUAUCUGGUUGUACAGACAUAACUGAUUCAGGAUUGACCUACGUGCAAAGCUAUGGUUCAAAUUUACAGAAUCUUCAUCUGGAUUGUUGUUCCAAUGUUACUGACUAUGGUCUAUCCUUGAUUGCUUCUGGUUGCCCCUUAUUGAAGGCAAUUAGUCUCUAUCGUUGCCUCAAAAUUACUGAUAAUGGAUUGGAGACUUUAGCUAACGGUUGCUUGUCCUUCAAACAUGUGAACCUGUCAUAUUGUUCACAAAUAUCUGACAAAGGAGUAAAAGCUCUCACGCGGAACUGCCGCCAACUUCAGGUAGUUAAGAUAUCAAACUGUGAUGGUAUUGCUGGUGUGGGCUUUGAAGGGUGCUCAGAAACUCUAGCUUAUCUGGAAGCUGAUUCUUGUAAGCUUAUCCCAGAUGGGAUAAAGGGAAUUGUUAGUGGUGGUGGACUAGAGUAUUUAAAUGUUUCCUGUUUAUGUUGGUCUCCUUUUGGAGAUCCCACAGCAGGAAUAGGAUUUUCCUCAAACCUCAAAUUCCUCGACUUUCGGAUGUGCAGAUCUGUUUGUGAUGCAUCGAUUGUUGCGAUCACCAAGGGAUGUCCAUUACUUCAGGAAUGGAACUUAGCCUUGUGUCAUGAGGUCAAGCUAUGCGGCUGGCAAGCGAUCGGAUUAAAUUGUCAGAAUCUGGAGAGACUACACGUUAACCGAUGUCGCAAUCUUUGUGAUCUUGGGUUGCGAUCUAUACAGAAUGGGUGCAAGAGUCUAUCAAUUCUUUAUAUGAAUGGCUGUGUUCGCCUAUCAGCUGCAGCAGUAGAGGUAUUUAAGUGUUAUAGAGCUGAUGUUCAGAUAAAGGAAGUAGAGAUAAUGAGUAUCAACCCUAACUGGGAAUACCGAUUAAAUUCUUAAGCUUUCAAGAUAACGAUUUGCAAAUACAAUUAUGUUUUAACAUUAUUUUGUUUGGAAAGAUAUUUACACAAAAAUGUCUCAGACUCUUGUGGGUGUUUUUCGGAUUAUGUACUUAAUUGGGUAUUAAAAAUGUUCCUUUUUUGUUCA